AUGCGACCGCCACGUUUGAUCUUUCUUGUUUUCUGUUUCAUCUUCUUUCCGAUCUUCCUCACUCUCUUUUCUGUUCUUACAUCAUCGUCUCGUGUGACCACCCCCAGUUCGUUCGCUGGUCGAGCGACGGGACUUCAUGCUCUCUUUUCUUUCAACAUUCCCGCCUCGCUAUUCCCACCGUCUGCUAUCAUCAGUCUGACCGAUGAUAACUCGACAUUCUUCUUGGCCCGGCCGGCAGCGUUUGGCCCGCCCCUUCCCGACAAGGGGCUCAGCGGUCAGCUAUGGAUCGGCAGCGGAUUCGGAGAUAGAACCACUGCUGGGGCGGAAGGGGAACUAGGGUGUUCAGAUAUUCCAGGAUGGGGGGAGGGCGAAGGUCACAGGCAGGACAUACCAGCGGCGUCAGAUGCCAUGCUCGGGAAGCCUGUGGCCGUUGGUGGAGCUGACCCAGCGACUUCGAAUCUGCAUCGUACGGAUCCUAAGCAGGACAUCGACUCACAAGCCAGCACAAAUGACGGUGCUGUGACACCGUCGACGAACGAUGGCACGGAUGAUCACCUGCACCACCCACUCCCCGAAUCUAAAGUAGCAGAGCCGGGUAUCUCUGAGCAGCGCGGGGAUCCCCAGAACAGGCAAACUGAGCAUGCCGAUAUACAAUCUUUACAAGAGAGCGCUGAGAUCAGUGGUAAGGUUGUUCUAUUGAGCCGGGGUGGCUGCGGCUUCUUAGAGAAGGUCAAAUGGGCUCAAAGGCGUGGAGGAAUCGCGUUGAUUGUUGGGGAUGAUACCCGUGGAGGCAGCCUUAUCACCAUGUACGCCCGAGGCGACACAUCCAACGUAACAAUUCCCUCUCUGUUCACCUCGUAUACCACGGCGCACCUGCUCUCGUCGCUUGUUCCUCCGCAGGCCGGGGGAGAUUCGAGUGUAGAUGACCCUUCUGGGCCACGCCACACCAAGCUUUCCAGCCAGAGUACGGCUGGAAACCAGCAGAUAGUGCCUACGAUGACAUCCGCCGCGGCUGUGUCGCCAACUUCCACGCGAUAUGCCACAUCAUCUGGCGGCAAACCGACCACGGCGACCCGCAAGGCAGGCUUCAUUCAGAGUCUCGUGUCCCUGCUGGGAAUUGGGAGGAACAGCGGACGCCUGCCAGAGGAUAGCCAACGACCUCCCAGUAGCGGGAACAUUGACUGGGUCCUGAAGGAUCCCUGGGAUGAUAUGGAGAUGUCUCAGGAUGACACCGAUCGUGUUAACAACCGGGCGAAAGCCGAUAGCGGUGCUGGUGACCGCAAGAAGCCUGAUGUUACUUCACAAGAGGCCGACGGUGAUGGGUUUAUGAUUGGUGUUCAGGAUUGGCGCGACCCGGACCUUCUAGUCCCGCCCAGCAGUUCCAUCCCAUUGCCGAGCAGUGUCCCGGAGUCGGACGCUAGCAAAGCGCAGACUACCGGGAAAGGCUCGCACCCCACAGCCUCGCUCAAGGGCGGCAGCAUAACCCCAGGAAGCGGCGAGUAUCGUACUCUAGAUAAGUCAAAAACUAGCAAAGCAGAGUUGCACAGUUCCAACCACCAGAGCUUGACUAGUCACACUCAAGGAUACCCUAAGCAGAGCAAGGGAUGGUUUGCAAGACAUUUCUCUUGGACGAAGGGUGGCGAGAAGGACUCGAGUCGGCCUGACAGGCGAGAUUAUAUCGAAGAUCGAAAGUUACAUGGUGCAUCUGCGGUCCAGGGUCUCCAGAACGCUGGACAGCUGGAGCACGAUGGUUUAUGGGUCACAUUGACACCGACAAGCAUGUCCACUAGCCCGUUCUUUGAUACACUUCUGAUACUCGUCGUGAGCCCCCUGCUUACCCUGACGGUGGUUUAUGCUCUUUUGCUGCUGCGCUCUCGCAUCCGUCGAAGACGUUGGCGAGCCCCCAAAUCUUUGGUUGACCGUCUUCCCGUAAGGACCUACCACACAAUCAGCACAUCGUCGUCCUCAACAUCAUGCUCGUCCCGGUCCUCUAGCCCUGGCCCGGUCUCACCAACUUCGCCCUUGCUGGGCUCUAAAAACCGUUCGGGACGCCGUCGCUCUCAGGAAACACCGGAGGCCACGGUGGACUUCAAGAGCACCAAAAUGAAGUCAUCCAAGAAAGAGAAGUCUGGCCCGUCAUCCGCGCUCUGGAGGCGCAAAUAUACUGGCCGGCAGGUGGAGUGCGUUGUCUGCCUCGAAGAAUACGUGGACGGACAGAGCAGGGUGAUGAGCUUGCCCUGUGGGCAUGAGUUCCAUGCGGAGUGCAUUACGCCGUGGCUGACAACUCGUCGACGAACCUGUCCCAUCUGCAAAGGGGAUGUCGUUCGGUCAAUGUCCCAGAAUAAGGACGCUGAAACACGCGAAUCUGCGGAGUCGGUUGACCACACCUAUCGUGAUGAACUAGACUCCCAUUCAAAUGCAUCGUCCGCUCCCGUCCCGAUUACGAACAACGGUGAAGAUGAAGGGUCUGACCUCGAACGCCGCGGUGGCUCCGAUGUUGGUCUGCUUGAGCGGCACUCGUCUUCGGCGCCCCCGCCCAACUGGAGAAACUUCGCCGCCCUUAGCUUCUCGGCCCUCAGCGGUGAUACUAUUUGGCAUCAAGGCCGGACCGAUCGCGAGCGAUAA